AUGCCUCUCGCCCCGCGCCGCCUCUCGCCUCCCCCCGCCACGCCUCUCGCCCCGCCCCGCCUCUCGCCCCGCCCCGCCUCUCGCCCCGCCCCGCCUCUCGCCCCGCCCCGCCUCUCGCCCCGCCCCGCCAUGCCUCUCGCCCCGCGCCGCCUCUCGCCUCCCCCCGCCACGCCUCUCGCCCCGCCCCGCCUCUCGCCCCGCCCCGCCUCUCGCCCCGCCCCGCCUCUCGCCCCGCCCCGCGCCACGCCCCGCCUCUCGCCACGCCCCGCCUCUCGCCACGCCCCGCCUCUCGCCACGCCCCGCCUCUCGCCUCGCCACGCCUCUCGCCAAGCCUCGCCCCGCCUCUCGCCUCGCCACACUUCUCGCCAAGCCUCGCCCCACCUCUCGCCUUGCCCCGCUCCGCCUCUCGCCUCGCCCCGCUCCGCCUCUCGCCUCGCCCCGCUCCGCCUCUCGCCUCGCCCCGCUCCGCCUCUCGCCUCGCCCCGCUCCGCCUCUCGCCUCGCCCCGCUCCGCCUCUCGCCUCGCUGCGCUCCGCCUCUCGCCACGCCGCGCCCCGCCCCGCCCCACCUCUCGCCACGCCACGUCCCGCCUCUCGCCACGCCCCGCCCCGCCUCUCGCCACGCCACGCCCCGCCUCUCGCCACGCCCCGCCCCUCCUCUCGCCCCGCCUCUCGCCGUACCACGCACCGCCUCUCGCCACGCCACGCCCCGCCUCUCGCCACGCCACGCCCCGCUGCUUGCCAACCCCCACCCCGCCUCUCGCUCCGCCCCACCUCUCGCCCCGCCCCGCCUCUCGCCCCGCCCCGCCUCUCGCCCCGCCCCACCUCUCGCGCCGCCCCCCCUCUCGCCCCGCCCCACCCUAUCUCUCGCCGCGCCCCGCCUCUCGCCCUGCCCCGUCCCACGCCCCGCCCCGUCCCUCCCCGCCCCUCGUCCCGCCCCGCCCCACGCACCGACCCUCCCGGCCCCACGCACCGCCCCACCCGGACCCACGCCCCGUCCCGCACCACGCCCUGUCCCGCACCACGCCCCGUCCCGCCCCACGCCCCGUCCCGCCCCACGCCCCGUCCCGCCCCACGCCCCGUCCCGCCCCACGCCCCGUCCCGCCCCACGCCCCGUCCCGCCCCACGCCUCGUCCCGCCCCACGCCUCGUCCCGCCCCACGCCCCCCUCCUCCUCACGCCCCGCCACUCCUCACGCUCCGCCCCGCCUCUCGCCUCGCCCCGCGCCUCGCCUCGCCCCGCGCCUCGCCCCGCCUCUCGCCUCGCCCGCCCCGCCUCCCGCCUCGCCCCGCCGAUCGCCCCGCCGCGCCCUGCCCCGCCCUGCCCUGUCUCUCGCCACGCCAUGCCCCGCCUCUCGCCACGCCCCGCCCCGCCCCGCCUCCCCGCUCGCCACCCCCCGCCCCGCCUCCCCGCUCGCCACCCCCCACGCCGCCCCGCCUCCCCGUUCGCCACCCCCCACCCCACCUCUCGCGCCGCCCCGCCUCUCGGCCGCCCCACCUCUCGGCCGCCCCACCUUUCGCCCCGCCCCACCUUUCGCCCCGCCCCACCUUUCGCCCCGCCCCACCUUUCGCCCCGCCCCACCUCUCGCCCCGCCCCACCUCUCGCCCCGCACCACCUCUCGCCCCGCACCACCUCUCGCCCCGCACCACCUCUCGCCACCCCUCGCCCCGCCUCUCUCCACCCCCCGCCCUGCCUCUCGCCGCCCCGCCACUGGCCACGCUCCACCCCGCCUCGCCUCUCGCCACGCCCCGCCCCUCGCCCCGCCCCGCCCCUCGCCCCGCCCUUCGCCCCGCCCCGCCCCUCGCCCCGCCCCGCCCCUCGCCACGCCCCUCGCCCCGCCCCGCCCCUCGCCCCGCCCCUCGCCCCGCCCCGCCCCUCGCCCCGCCCCGCCCCUCGCCCCGUCGCGCCCCUCGCCCCGUCCCGCCCGUCGCCCCGCCUCUCGCUUCGCCCCGCCUCUCGCCCCGCCCCGCCUCUCGCUUCGCCCCACCUCUCACCUGGCCCCACCUCUCCUUGCCCUCGCCUCUCGCCACCUCUCCCCUCGCCUCUCGCCACCUUUCCCCUCGCCUCUCGCCACCUUUCCCCUCGCCUCUCGCCACCUUUCCCCUCGCCUCUCGCCACCUUGCCUCUCGCUCCUCGCCUCCUUGCCCACCAGCUCUUCCACUGUUCCCCACUUGA